AGGGGCUUCAGACUCGCGGGAGAGACGAAGGCUGGCUCUUAACUCGUCAACUUAAGUAGAGCGGCGUAGAUAAAAGCAGCAGACAGAAUCAGACACUCUUUUUUUCUUUUUUUUUUCCGCCCCGAGAGUAUGAUGUAAAGAGAAAACAUUCUCCUUUCAAAGUGGAAGUCUUGCUGAGCUGGUUAACCAGCCAAGCACACAUUUGUGUAAAUGAAAGAGAAAGAUGGAGGAAGAGCACGAUGAUGAUGAUGACGUUUGGAACGCAUCCGCAGUUAUUCUGGAUAUUGACUCAGGGUCGUGGGCUGACCGCUCCCCACUGCAUGAUGCUGCAAGCCAGGGACGGCUUCUGGCCCUGAAGACUCUCAUUGCCCAGGGCCACAGUGUGAACGCGCUGACGGUAGACCAUGUGAGUCCUCUCCAUGAAGCCUGCAUCGGGAACCAUGUGUCCUGUGCAAGAACGCUCAUCGAUUCUGGAGCCAACGUAAACGUGACGACCAUUGACGGUGUGACCCCUCUGUUUAACGCCUGUUCGACCGGCAGUGUGACGUGUUUGGAGCUGCUGUUGGAAUGUGGAGCCAGACCGCAGGCCAUGGCCCCAUGCCAACCAUCCCCUAUCCACGAAGCAGCCAGCAGAGGCCACAGUCAGUGUGUGGAGGUGCUGAUCUCAUGGGGUGCAGAUGUGGAUUAUGAAACCCGCAAUAUGGGCACUCCACUCUACACGUCCUGCCGAUGCAGAGAGUUUGUCUGCGCUCGCAAGCUGCUGGACGGAGGAGCGAAUGUUCAGAGAGGCAGGCUGAUGGAGACUCCUCUGCACGCGGCGGCUCAGCGGGACAGCGUGGGAAUUGUGAAGCUGUUGCUGGAGUUCGGUGCCGAUGUUAACGCUCGAAACCUGAGCUUUAAACGGCCGGUGGAAGUGGCACCUCCUGGAGGACUCACCGAAGGAUUCUUGCUAAUAUAUGAGGCCACGCCCCGUUCUCUGGGCCAGCUUUGUCGUCAGCAAAUCAGAGAGUGCCUGGGUCGAACCAGACUCCACCUCAUUCCACACCUACCCCUCCCUAAAGCACUCAAGAAAUUCCUGCAGUACAGAUAGCAUUAGAUAACAUUAUCAAUGUACACUGAGUGUCCAGGUUAAUAUGUCCACCUUCCUUGGACCUACACGGAUUGCCCAGUUUAUCAGAAACCUCUACUAAAUAGCUCCACUAUGUGGAGUUAAAAACACAGACUGUGACUGCACACUUUUUCGCCCCCUUCCACACCAUUCAUCAAAGGGGACCACCAUCGGACUGCAAGAUGUUAUUUGAGUGGUAAUUCAUUCUCCUAGAUCACACCUGGACAGCAGUGGUCCUAUGGUGGUCUCCAUUGAUGAAUGAGGUGGGGGGGGCUGAUAAACUCUGCAGCAACAGAUGGGCUAAAGUCUGUAACUUUACGUCUACAUCGUGCACCUAUAUGUUAGGUGUUUCUAAUAAACUGGCCAAUUAGUGUAAAAUAGUGGAGAUAAAAAGCUGGCAACUCUGUGUGCAUCAGCUUGCUAUGCAUUACUGUUAUAUACUGUUUUUUUCUUUAAAAAACUGAGAUGAGUUACUGAUACAGUGUGACCUUGAUGUGACAGUGGAAAGACAGAUAGAUAAGCUAUGCAAAACAUUUGAAAAGCUGAUGCCUCAUACGGAAAAGAAGCGUAUAUAAACUGUACUUAUCUGAUACAUUUGAAAAUUCUUAAGUGUUUAAGUAUAUUUUGGAAUUGAACAGUAUGUUUGAAAUGUAUUUCACAUGUAUAAAAUACAUGUCCAUGUAUUUCUUUUCCAUAUGUAACAUAUUCAUGAAUUGUAUUUUCUAGAUUGAUUUAACAUAUGUUGAGUACAUUCUUUUGGAGCUUCUGUGGUGACAUGGUGAUUAUUUUUUAAUAAGGCAUGCCCACAAAUUAAUAUAUUGAGGCCACUAGUUAAGCACAUUUCUGGCCUCAAUAUAGUAAAUAGUGGCUUCAGUAUAUUAAUUUGUAGCCUCAAGUUAUUUAUAUGUGGCCUUAAUAUAUUAAUUUGUGGCUUGAAUAUAUUAAUUUGUGGCCUCAAUAUAGUAAUUCCUUUCCUAUCCCAUUGUGAUUUCAAAAUAUUAAUUUGUGGACUCUACAUAUGUAUUUGUGGCCUCAAUAUAGUAUUUUUUGGCCUCAGUAUAGUACUUUGUGGCCACAAUAGUAAAGUAUGGCCUCAAUAUAGUAAUUCCUGGCCUCAAAAUAUCAAUUCAUGACCUCAAAUUAUUCAUUUGUGGCCUCAAUAUAGUAUUUUGUGCCUUCAAAAUAUUCAUUUGUGGCCUCAAAAUAGUAGUUUUUGGCCUUAACAUAGUACUUUGUGGCCACAAUAGUAACUUGUGGCUUAAGUAUAUUAAUAUGUGGCCUUUGCCUUAUUGAAAAAUAAUCUCCAUGUCACCUUAGGGGCUCCGUACAUUAUGUUCAGUGAAGUGCAAUUACUCCUGGCCGUGCAUAAUUCAAUAAACAUCUCUGUCGCA